CUGGCGGGAGCCGCCAUGUCCUUCAAGCGCGACGAGACCGACCCGGGGCCGCUCGGGGCGCUGCAGAAACGCCGCGUGGCCGAGCUGCUGGCCAGCGCCAUCCCCGAGGACGAGGCGCUGCUGCUGCGCGACGGCAGGCUGGCGUGCUCGGUGUGUCCCCACCGGCCCGUGUGUGACACUCUGGAGACGCUGGUGCUGCACAGAGCGGGCAGGAAGCACCUGGACAGCCUGCAGCGCUCCUACGGCCGGCACCGCUCGCCCCAGGUGACCCCGCAGGGACCCCAGGAGGCCUCGGGCGUGGCCCCGGCUCUGCAGGCCCCGCUGCUGGCCCGGACCCGUCGGAUCGCCCGGAGCGCGCUCCUGAAAUCGGCUCCCUACAACAGCUGCUGCCGGAGAGCGGGGACCAAGGGCAGCAGCUCCCGGGCCGGGACCUCCGGGAUGAUCCCAAACAAUUCCCAGACAGCGCCGGAGGCACCCCGGAAUCCCGGGAACCCCGAAGGCUCCGGCCCCACACACAGAGAGGGCGUUCCCAAGGCGGGAAGGAAAGGAAAUUCCCGAUUUUCCGAGGGGCUGAGCCCGGAGCGGCUCCGGAUCCUGCGGCACCACCUGCACCUGCGCAGCCGGGGCUGGCUCCAGGAUUCCGCCGGGAAUUGGGUGAAGGACGGGAACGCCGAGUUCGACUCCGAUGAGGAGGAGCCGCCGCCGCUGCCGCCGGCCUGACCCCCCCGGCGGCCCCAAAUGGCCCCAAAUGGCCCCAAACUGCCCCAGAGCCCCGGGAAUACAGGCCUGGAGACGACA